GAUUUUCCCAUGAAGCUUGGGGGACAUCAAAUAUCUUUUCCCUGAUAUGCUCUCCUCAGUCUCCCAACCCUAUGUUCCUCUCUCCCCGUCGUUCUCAGUCCUACUGUUCACUCCACAGUGCUAAAGUUCUCAUCUUUUUUCUCUGAUUUCUCUCUCCCUACGCCCCUCCCUUUCUUGCCGCUUUUGAUAGCCUUCCCUCUCUCACCGUCCCUGUAAUUACCUUUCUCGUUCUGUUUUCUUGAACAGCGGCAACCCCCUCUCUUCCUUUUCUCUUUUUUUUUUUUUUUCCUGGAUUUAUCUACCGUUCUUGGACUGGGCAGAUACACUUUCUUUGGUCUGUUUCUUGAUUAGAUACAGCUUCGAGCUUUUUGGGAGCUUCUGUGCUCGAUCUUUCUGACAUGGGAUGCUCUUUUUAUUUCAGUUCGAUGAGUAGUGUUUGUCUUUUCCAGUCCAGUUCUGCUUGAGGCUCAAGUAUUCUUUGGUUAAUUUGUCCGCUUUUGUUGGAGCCACUUUCUGUGCACGGGUAGUCACUUGACUGUUUCGUUACUUGGCAAAGGGAGUUCGAGGGGCUAUUUAGUGCAUGCCAUGGACAGUCUUCCUUGGCGGAGUCUGAUGUGGGUCAGUACGCAUUGAUUUCAACUAAUCUCGAGUCUGUUCUCUCUCCAUCUCUAUCGCUCUCUCAAUCCUUCUCUCUCUCUCUCUCUCUCUCUGACUGUCUCCGGUUCUCUUAUGGAAUCCUGGAGUUUCAAUUCUGGGGGGAAGGGGGUUCAGUCAGAUGGGACAAUGUCAUCAUCUGAUGCUCUUGCAAGGAGCAAAAACGCUUUCUUGGGUUGGGAAUUGAGAACCCCAUCUGGGUUCAGUAAUAACGGCAUGCUUGUCUCUGCCCAACAGGCAAACCAUAGCAUCAGUCCAGGUUUUGGUGAAUUGGGAUUUCAAGACAUGACCAAGCAAGUCCCAAGGGAUCCAAUCCGGGAUGUCUGGUGCCACAAAGCUGGAGGAGGAAGAGACAUCAACUCAAUCAUGACCUCUCCAAUCAGUUUCUUGUCCGAUGAGGAGUCCUCAAAAUUCACAAGCUUUGUGAUGGACUCCACUAGUAGGGACUCAUCACUCUUUGAUUUGAAACUUGGGAGGUUUUCCGAUAACAGGGACACCCCUAAAUCCAGACUCCCGGUGUUGUCGUCGUCCGACUCGUCCACGCCGCUGAAGAGAGCUCGACCCGCCGGGGCAAAUUUCCAGAACGCAUAUUGCCAAGUUUAUGGCUGUAACAAGGACCUUAGCUCCUCCAAAGACUACCACAAGAGGCAUAAAGUCUGUGAAGCUCACUCGAAGACUUCCAAAGUCAUAGUGAACGGCAAAGAACAGAGGUUUUGCCAGCAGUGUAGUAGGUUCCAUUUGCUGGCUGAAUUUGAUGAUGGUAAGCGCAGCUGUCGUAAACGUCUUGCGGGCCACAAUGAACGUCGGAGGAAGCCCCAGAACGGCAUUCACCCUGCAAAGGCUGGAAAACUCUUGCCCCCAUAUUGUGGAAACAGGUUUCAAGGGAAUGUGUUCACGACUGCGUCCUUUAUUUGCCAGGACAUACUUCCUAGUGGCGGCCAUCUGCAUCCUGAGAAGUUUAAAGCCAAUGAUUGGGGCAACCGUGUUAAAGCGGAACAUGGAACUGAUUAUGGUACACUAUCAGUGGUGCAUCCCAGAUCGCCUUUCCCCUCUUACGGCUUUGGAAAACAACUGUCUCCAUUCCUUGAUAAUAGAGGUAAUUCCGCCUCAGUGGGCAUUUUCGGCGAAGCUAGCCGAUUUCAGCAUGAAGGACAAAAUUCUGGUUCACGUUCCUUGUUUCCAGACCCCUUGGGGAGUGAAGACUAUGGCAUUUUCGACACUGAAUCAACGGUUCAAGGAUUGCCGGGAGUUUCAGAAUCUCGUCGUGCUCUCUCUCUUCUGUCAUCUCACUCUCAGAAUUCUUCUAGCCAAACGUCUGGAAUUCCCAUGGAUCAGUCCCUGAUCAUGCACGGCGGCCAGUCGCGAUAUGGCGUGGGCCCAGUGUCUGAAAACCUAAUGGGCUUGAGCUCGCUCGCUCUGGAAAAUGGAGGGUCAAGCAAGUUCCCUUCAUCAGGAAUCCAUUCUGCAGAAGCAAAUCAAGGCCCGAUCCUAAUCUGUGACAACGAAAAUUCCAACUACGCAAUCUCGGGUGGGUUUGGAUCGGGUCUUUUAGAUGCAAAAGACCAUUUUCAUUGCGGAGACAAUGAACCUACAAUCAAUUUGCUUCAGCUGUCUUCACAACUUCAGCGCGUAGAGCAUCAAAGACAAUCAUCCAUGCACGUGAAGCAGGAAAACAAUGCUUUCUCUUGCCUUCAGACUACUUAAAUCUUCCAAAAUGAACCUUAACGAAGUGGCAAGGCAGUACUACAACGUCCUGGUGUUUUUCCUCCCUCCGUUGGGUUCCUCAAAGUCCGUUUAGAAUGCGAAAGGAUGAGGCGAGAUGUAGAUACUAGCUCUGUCUAUGCAAUUCAAGUUUCUUCAAACUGACGGUGCCAUACAACUGUUCUUUGAGUGCCAUUAUCUGGCGGCUAACUCAACCAGUGUGACUCCGCUCGUAUUGAUUUUCAGAUUUCAGUUUCAGGGUCGAAGAUUUUUGGAUGGAACGUGUUCCACUUCCGUGGAUGCAGACGAUUUCAUCCCCCCUGUUUUUCUGUUUCACUCACCAGUGUUGCUUAUUUUAUCUAAUGGAAGUCAGCAUACCAGGCAUCUGUUGUUUUCUUUGUUAA